AUGGAUAACAAGGUGAAAGUGGAGAUCGUGGUUCUGGACGGGGACUUCCCGGAGGAGGAUCGCAGCAGCACGGCGUGGACGUCGGAGGAGUUCGGUAGGAACGUGGUGAAGGAGAGGACGGGGAAGCGGCCUUUGCUGGCGGGGGAUUGCUUGACCUUCACGCUACGUGACGGCUGCGCCUCGCUUGGGGAGAUCGAGUUCACUGAUAACUCGAGCUGGAUACGGAGCAGGAAGUUUCGGAUCGGGGCUAGGGUUGUUCGUGACGGCGGCCGAGGUUUGAGGGUUCGCGAGGCCAUGACUGAGGCGUUCAUAGUCAAAGAUCAUCGUGGAGAAUUGUACAAGAAGCAUCACCCCCCGAUGCUGGAGGAUGAAGUGUGGCGGCUAGAGAAGAUCGGGAAAGACGGGGCUUUCCAUAAGAAGCUCGCUGCCGAAGGCGUCAAUUCCGUUCAGGACUUCUUGAAGCUCUCUGUCGUCGACCCGUUAAAGCUCAGAAAGAUGUUGGGGGCUGGAAUGUCCGACAAAAUGUGGGAAGUAACCAUAAAACAUGCGAGAAGAUGCGAGUUGGGGAAUAAACAUUACAUCUACAGAGGGCCAAGCUAUUGCCUCACCUUAAACCCUAUCUGCCAAGUCGUCAACGCCACUAUUAGCGGACAAGAUUGCUCCAACCUUGACAUUUCUGGUAUCAACAAACUUUAUAUCGAGAACUUAGUAAGGCAAGCAUAUACAAACUGGCAUGACCUACAAGAGGUCAUUGGAAUACCAAGUGACGUUGCAUCGCUCAAUCAAGGUGAGGUGAUGGAUCAAUACCCUAAUCAUCAUGAUCAUCAAGAACAACAACAACAACAGCCGCAACAAGAACAACAUCAUAUCGUGGCGAAACCGAUACCAUUAUCAUUUCAUCAUCAAUACAAUCUAGGCAUGGGUGGAUAUAUGGAGCUAGGGGGAAUAAUCCAGCAACCAUCUCAUCAACAGCAAAUCAAUACUAUCGAGCAACAGCAAGGCAACAUGAGCAACAACACUAGUAAUAAUAACAAUAAUAGUUGGCAUAUCAACUCUUCAUCAUCUUACCAUCCCCAUAAUCAGCAGCUUGUCUCGAAUGUUGCAUCCCUUGAACCAGUAGAUGAGGGUCUGCGCCACACUGCAUCAAAUCCAUCCUUGACUGAUGGUGAGAUUGCCAACUUCUAG